AUGCCUUCAUUCUUAUACAGCGUUAUUGAUAUUCUCCUAGUCCUCGCCCAGGGCUACGCCUACGACAGGAUUGUCGCUUUCCCGCGGUUCAUGAUAUCCUCCCUCACGGGAUUCAGUGGAUAUGAUACGGAGAGUUCGGGGCUCGAAGAUCAGAUCAAACUUCGAUAUUGGAUCCACGGACCGGCCUUCCUCUUCGCGUUACUUGCAAUCCCAAUAGUGGAUUCGAAGUUCUCAGUCACCCGACGUGAAAUCGAACGCGUGAUCUUGCUUAUGGCUUAUCUUGUCGGACUCUGGGGGUUUGGGGGCUGUUCACUUGACCCCAUGGUUCUGGACAGCCCGCCAAUUCUUUUGUGA